AUGCUGAAGCCACCACCACUACUCGAAGAGCAACCAACACAGACGUACUCUCCAACGACGUCAUCAGAUGAGGGUGUGGAAACGGCGGUGGAACAACGAUCGAACCGGGAUGACGAGCCGAGGAGUAUUCUGGAGAUUUACACGCCGAAAAUUCUGACGUCGAUGGAGACGGUGGCGAUGAGGAGGCGGAGAAUGUGCCGGACACGAUGUUGCAGAUUUUUUUGCAGGAAUCGAGAUAAUUGCGCUCAAACUGCGCGCUGUCGGCUGAUUGCUAUACCAUCUUGCUUGCCCACUUUGAGAUUAAUUAUCUCGGCUCUUAUAAAAGAUAGCCUCUUCCCAUUUUUCAUCGGCGGAUGUGGUUCGAUUGGUGCUGGCCUUCUGUUAACCUAUGCCAACAAAGAGUUAUCUCUGAUCAAAGAAAUUCCAGAAUUUCUGGUCCUCAUGCCACCUCUUCAAGGACUACGUGGCAAUCUGGACAUGACUUUCUCAUCCAGAAUGUCUACAUUGGCUCAUAAGGGCGCGUUUGCAGAGGAGGGAAUUUUGAUGAGGGUCAGGAGGAAUGCAGCGGUGUCUGAGGCUCUCUCAAUAGUCGUUUGCCUUGUUGCCAAUCUCAUCUCUCUAUUCAUCGUCCACCUCACACCAGCUCUUCGAGAUUCUCAAUCAGAUGAAUUCGCCAACUCAACUACAGUGUCCAAUGACACUGAUACUCGUGAUUUGAGCAACAUCGAGAGCUCAAUGUUUCUAACUUCGUCGUCUAUUCUAUCUGUUGCCUUGAAUUGUGCCAUUUGUACGACUUUUUUGUUCACAAUUGUGUACUACGCGUGGAAGCAUGACUACAACCCAGAUAACAUUGUUGCUCCACUCGGAGCCAGCAUCUCUGAUAUGCUCACAAUCGGAUCAAUGCUCUUUUUGUGCUAUCUUCUGAGACCGUAUGCUGGCUUUUCGAGUGCUCUUCCGAAUAUUAUUAUCAGUAUUUCGAUUUGUAGUAUACCUGUUUGGAUUAUGUUGGGAUGGAAAGACGAAAUGGCAGUAACAACCGCAAAACAACAAUGCCUAACCCUAGUCUUCGCCUCGAUAGUCUCCUGUUUAGCCGGAUUAAUUCAAAGUGAAGGAGCAAUGACGUAUCCCAAUUAUCCUGCAUAUCAAACUCUGAUUUCUGGAUUAGCGGGAAAUCGAGGAGCAGUUCUAGCCUCUCGAAUAUCAUCCUAUCUGGAAAUCCAUCAAGAAUCUGAGCUGGAUUGGAAGCAGAGAGCAAUCCCUUUCAUCUACUAUCGAUCGGAUUGUUCAGAAGCGCAGACCGCCCGUCUUUUGUUAUUCACAGCGCUUCCAUUUCAGAUGUUCUUUGUUGGAAUAUCGACUGCGCUGUCUUUUGUAUAUGAGCCUGUUGAACUGGAUUGGAAAUUCUUCUUGGGUUAUGCAUUGGUGGUGUUGGUGCAGUCAUUUACAAUUCUCUAUCUGGCCCAAUUAAUAGUGUUCACUCUCUGGAAAUUCGGAUUGGAUCCGGAUAAUCAUGCGAUUCCACUACUGACUUCUGCGGCUGAUGUUUGUGGAUGUGGACUUUUGAUUUGCCUGUUUUUAGUACUGGAUAAGGCAUUUGGGUGA